UAUAGCUCAGUAGCUUGCUUGCAGAGGAGGUUAUCUCAAUUUUCAGUUCUCUUCUUCUUCUUCUUCAAUCUUCACUCACAAGAAAACGUAAACACAUCAUCUGCACUCUGAAAAUCAAUGGCUCUAGACCAUGAAGACGUUCUCAAAGAAGAAAAGGUUAUCCCACUCGACGAGGAUGACAUAGCUAUCCUCAAGACCUAUGGUUUGGGUCCGUAUAAUACAAGUAUCAAGAAAGUAGAGAAAGAAGCUAAGGACUUGGCUAAGAACGUCAAUGAUCUGUGUGGUAUUAAGGUGUCUGACACUGGCUUAGCUGCACCAAGCCAGUGGGAUCUAGUAGCUGAUCAGCAAUUGUUGAAGGAGAAGCCUCUGGAGGUGGCAAGAUGCACACAGAUCGUCAGUCCAAACACUGAAGAUGCCAAAUAUGUUAUAAAUUUUUGUUAUCCUGGAAAGUAUGCUGUUGCUCUGGGUGACACAGUUUCCCCAACUGACAUUGAAGAAGGCACGCGUGUGGGAGUUGAUGAUCGCGGUAGUGGACAUCGUAUAUGGAUUCCCUUGCCUCCAAAAAUUGAUCCUAGUGUGACCUUGAUGACAGUGGAGGAAAAGCCUGAUGUGACAUAUAAUGAUGUUGGUGGGUGCAAGGAGCAGAUUCAAAUGAUGCGGGAAGUUGUUGAGCUGCCCAUGCUUCAUCCUGAGAAAUUUGUGAAGCUUGGAAUUGAUCCUCCUAAGGGUGUCCUUUGCUAUGGUCCUCCAGGGACAGGUAAGACUCUGUUAGCUAAAGCAGUGGCUAACAGAACUGAUGCUUGCUUCAUUCGAGUUAUUGGGAGCGAGCUUGUUCAGCGAUAUAUUGGUAUGGGAGCUAAGAUGGUUCGAGAACUGUUCCAGAUGGCACGUUCAAAAAAGGCGUGUAUUAUAUUUUUUGAUGAAGUGGAUGCAAUUGGAGGUACACGUUUCGAUGAUGGUGUUGGUGGUGAUAAUGAGGUGCAGCGUACAAUGUUGGAAAUUGUAAAUCAGCUUGAUGGCUUCGAUGCUCGAGGAAACAUAAAAGUUUUAAUGGCUACAAAUAGGCCUGACACACUUGAUCCCACAUUGUUACGUCCUGGACGAUUAGAUCGAAAAGUUGAGUUUGGCCUUCCAGAUGUGGAUGGUAGGACACAGACAUUUAAGAUCCAUGCACAAAAAAUGAACUGCGAACGAGAUAUAAGAUUUGAACUUUUGGCUCGACUUUGCCCAAAUUGCACUGGAGCUGAAAUAAGGAGCGUGUGCACUGAAGCUGGCAUGUUUGCCAUCCGAGCACGGAGGAAAUCUGUGACAGAGAAAGAUUUCCUUGAUGCAGUGGACAAGGUCAUCAAGGGAUACAAGAAAUUCAGUGCAACUCCCACGUACAUGGUUUACAAUUGAUUAAGCUGUUAUGAACCAUAAGGUUCUGCUAGGAUUAUUUCAUUCAUCAUUAGGCUGCAUAGCUUGGAACAAUUGUACUUAUUAGGUAGCUCUCUCCAUGUGAAGUUGUGAAAGUGUAUCAAACCAUGUUUUGCUACA